AUGGCAGACAGUAAGAGUGGUUUCGACCUUGUGUGGGAUCGGCUACCGCAUCUUUCAUGGUAUCAGUUCCGAAUCACAGCUGUUGGCGGGGUAGCUUCGUUAGCUGGAGGAUUCAUGUCGAUGUACCCCGUUUUCGCGCAAUAUACUCCUCCGUAUCGAUGCACUAGCGCUUUUGACCACCUUGGUCUGGCAGACAAAUUCUCUUUCGACGAAAUCUUCGAACUAUCAACUGAUACUCAAUCUUGUCAAAACUUCGAUUCUUCCCAAGAUGGCGGUUGUUUCCAUUGCAAUUUUUCCAACGAAACUGUCGCUGGCUGCGACUCUUCCAGCUUUGACAGCCUCAAAGCUUGCCUGGUUAAAGAUGCACAAGAAAAAUCAGAGUGGGUCGCUUGCGAGAGUUACGAAUAUGACCGAUCGCUGCGUGAAAAUGUCACGAAUCUGAUGUUCGACAAGGGAGAGCCAUGGGAGACUGCGGUCCCCCAGUUUACUUUGCACUGCGGAAUGGAAUGGUUUGACUCUCUGUCAACAGCCAUGGGCUUAUUUGGCCUUCUGCUCGGCGCUUUCAUUUCUGGCAUUUACACAGUUUCAAGAAAUCUCAAAUACAAAAACUCACAAUCACAAUCACAAUAG